AAGAAAAUGUCUUGCUCUGAGAAAAACGUCAGCUGAGCUGAAAAGCAUACUUACCUGAUGGGGUUGGCGCCAGACCGAUCAGAGGCCAGCCGCUUGUCCCCGGACCACACUUGGAGUAGCCCCGUCCUAGAGCCUAUGCACUGCUUCUGUAAAUUUUUCUUUAGCUCCCUUGUUAGGUAUCUAAUAACCGUAACAGCUGCCAACAUGUUUGAGAACUGUUCUCAGCCAUUUUGAUCUUCAUAAAACCCCUCAAGAAUGAAAAGAAAUGUUGAGAAAGAAGUAAAGCUCUCGUCCUCUGCCUCAGAUAUUUAUGAUGGGUGUCGGGAAGUCUAAAAUAGACCCCUGCCCUCUCUCUCUCUCUUGGGGUAAAAGCCCCGGGGUGGAAAUGAGUCAGAGAUGCCAGAAGUCAGUUUCCAAGACACCUGACGACCUCUCCCUGUGCCAUCUGGCUGAGCCUGGCCCCGCGGCCCUGGUGUCCGCUGGGGAGCACGAGGGAGCCGAGGGCCGGGGAGACAUGUCGGAGAAGGAGGAUGAGGACGAGGACGAGGUGUUCCUCAAGUUCGUGAUCCUGCACGCGGAGGACGACACAGACGAGGCCCUCAGAGUCCAGAACGUGCUGGAGAACGACUUCGGCAUCAAGCCCGGGAUCAUCUUUGCCGAGAUGCCCUGCGGCCGGCAGCACCUGCAGAACUUGGACGACGCCGUGAACGGGUCUGCGUGGACCAUCUUGUUACUGACCGAGAACUUCCUGAGAGACACCUGGUGCAAGUUCCAGUUCUACACGUCGCUCAUGAACUCGGUGAACAGGCAGCACAAGUACAACUCGGUCAUCCCCCUGCGGCCCCUGCACAGGCCCCUGCCCCGCGACAGGACUCCCUUCGCUCUGCGGACCAUCAAUGCCCUGGAGGAAGAGAGUCGGGGCUUCCCCACCCAAGUCGAAAGAAUCUUCCAGGAGUCCGUGUAUCAGAUCCAACAGGCUCUGUGGAAGGAGAGCCGAAGCAGUGGCCGCCACCAGGCCCUCUCCUGAGACGGAGCCCCCAACACGCGGCUGGCUAGCUCUCGUCUGGCAAAGGCCACCGCUUGUCUCCACUUAAGAAGGCGCAGCUCUGGCAAGAAGUUGACAGAAGCUGACACAAACCCAGGCGCUCAAGCACGAUACAUUUCUGCGGGACACCACGUAGACUUUGGAAGUACUUUUCCAUAUUUCGGAUAAACUUGAGACUGUCCGAGCUUCGAGAACAUUCCUCUUUUCCUUUUCUGGGUCCGUGCGUGUCACAAAGGAUAGCCUUCAUUUGCAUCCCUUGUGUCAGUCCUUGAACACAGACUUCGGUGAGAGAUGCUGUACAGAUAUGAUGACGCUUCCAUUUGUUCGCAAAGGACACGCGGGACAGAAGGUCCCCAGGAGAUCUGACCGCCCUUCCUUGGGAGGCCCCUCUCAGAAGCGCCCCAGUGGAGCGUGGCUGGUCUCGUGGCCCCGACGAGAACAUUCAGAAUGUUGAGUAACGAUGCCUACGAAAUUAAAAGCCGAUGCGAGAGUGGUGGGGCGCUUUACAAGACACCGAUCGACUGUUGUUUUUCUUUCUGCUGGAAUUGGGGGAUUUGGAGACAGUGCCUACCAUUGACUAGCCACCCAUUUGGUGGCGCUGUGGCUAGGGGACUCCGGGGAGCCCUGUCCUGAGGUCCCCUAGAGCCUCAAGCUCUUGUUAGGUCAUCCGUAACCAGGGCUUCAUGCACACGGUUUCUGAAACGUGUGUGUGUCCUUGGCUCGGUGUUCUCCUUCAUCUCUCUCAGGGCAGCCUUUAAAAAAUUCCUCUCACAGGGCUCUACCCAGGAAGUAUUUCUCAGCUCGGUGAUCAGAGUAGCCUCAGCGUGUGCGCGUCUGUACGUCGUAGAUUAUCCACAGACUUAGGAUGGAAGCAGGAGACACGUUCUGUGUGCCGCAUCACAGCCUCCCGCAGAGGCCUACCCAGCCCUGUCCCGUCCCCUCAUGCCCUCCUGGCUCACCUGCAGCUGAGGGAGAGACCUCAGGUACAGACGGGCGACGAGCUGGAGUGCGAGUCACGUCAUGUUGUAACAAGCAGAGCGGCCGCUGGGGACCAGGAGACCUGGUUCCUGUCCAGUCUCUGCUGCUCGGGCUGAAUGUGAUCUUCUCCUCCUUUAUCUGUGACAUGAAAGGCUUGAAUUGAUGGAGCUCUAAAGGGCCUUUGUCCUCUCUCAGAAUGUGAACAACUAGGCACCAGAAAAGGGGACAAGCGAAAAAACAACAAUUUUGUAAUGUGAUGUGUAAUAAGUUGCAGGAGGCUUAAGAUAGGCUCCCAAUGAAAGGAUAUGCUAAUGUGUUGACGGCAUAAUUGAUUUCCGAUGCUAUCUGCUACACUUUCAUAGUCAAAACUGAAUUACAAUACUUGCUUACUCAGAGUCUUUUAAAAUACAUUUUUUGUAGGGAUUGUUGAGUAAAGACGUUCUGCCUGAUGUUUCUUUCUCCUUAUCCUCACUUCGUGUCUCCUCCUAGUCCUGGGGUCUGCUCACAUCUUUCUGCCUCCACCUCUUCAUAGCCAUGACCGAAUGUUCUGCGAGGAACUUUUCCCAUAAUCCUGCAAGUAAGUCAAACCUCCUACUUUAUAGUACUCCUUGAAGAAGAGAUUGUUUUCAUUGUGCGGUGACAUUUGCUUAAAGUCCUUUUCUAUCAUAGUAGCUUACUACUCACUUUUCUUUUUCAGUUUUAAUAAUACGCUUUUUUUCCCCCUCUGUGGCUUCAUCUAUCUCCAAUUUCAUAUAGUAAAAAAACAUUAACCCACCCUUCCUGCUUACUACCAAAGCGGGAGCCAUGGAUGCUGGAUGGUGUUUUUUAAAUAAAUGUUUCUAUUCAUUA